UUGAACACUGCUCAUUCGUAAUUGUUCUGGCUGAUAUUUUUUAUUUUCUGUUUAUUUUCUCUUCGAUUCCUUGAUUAGUAGAUGGCAGAGCCUGAGCACGAUCGCGCGCAAUGGAGCAGCGAUCAUGAGUUCCUCUUCUCGUGCAUCGCCAUGUCCAUCGGUCUCGGCAAUGUUUGGCGCUUCCCCUUCACUGCCUACGAGAACGGAGGUGGAGCCUUCCUGAUUCCCUACAUAAUCAUACUCUUCCUAGUUGGCAAACCUUACUAUCUCCUCGAGAUGUUACUGGGACAGUUUUCCAGCAGGUCAGCACUUAAGGUAUGGGACAUGGUGCCAGCUUUCAAAGGUAUUGGAAUAGCUCAAAUUAUUAUCCUAUCAGCGCUAGCUUCAUAUUAUUGCUCCUUGAUGGCCUUGACACUGUUCUAUUUAAUCGCCAGCCUGCAGUCAGAAUUACCCUGGUCCAAGUGCCGUCCAGAAUGGGGUACAAAUUGCAUCGACUCGUCUUUCACCAAGAAUUCAUCAAAUCUCGAUGACUGGAUUCGCAAGAGUUCUGCCGAGCUUUUCUUUUACAAAGAAGUUAUCCAUGAAAAGGCAAAUAUAUUGGAUGGCUUGGGCACACCAGAUUGGCAUUUAAGCAUAUACCUGGCCCUCAGUUGGCUUUGCGUGCUCUUGGUAGUGGUGCAGGGCGUAAAAAGUUCUGGCAAAGCCGCGUACUUCCUCGCCCUAUUCCCCUACGUCAUUAUGAUAGCCUUGCUCAUAAGGGCUGUGACGCUAGAGGGCGCCACUACUGGCAUCCUUUACUUCAUUCGGCCCAAUUGGUCAAAACUCUUUCAGGCCGACGUCUGGUAUGCCGCCGUCACACAGUGCUUCUUCUCGCUCACGGUUUGCUUUGGACCCAUCAUCAUGUUUUCAUCACACAACAAAUUCAAUCAUGACGUUUACAGGGAUGCUCAGAUUGUGACGAGUCUGGAUACCCUAACGAGUCUCAUGGCUGGUUUCACGAUCUUCGGGAUCUUGGGUAAUCUCGCCCACGAGCUGGGCACCGAUGACAUUAGCAACGUCGUCCGCAGCGGCUCUGGACUCGCUUUCAUUUCUUACCCGGAUGCAAUCGCGAAAUUCAGUCAACUGCCGCAGUUUUUCUCCAUCAUUUUCUUCGUAAUGAUGUUCGUGCUGGGGGUGGGUAGCGAGGCCGCCCUCACUUCCAGUAUCAUCACCGUCCUCCACGACCAGUUUCCUCACUGUCGAUUAUGGCCCCUUGCCUGUAUCGUCGUCGCACUCGAGUUCCUUAUUGGACUUAUCUACGUUACUCCAGGUGGACAAUUUAUGAUAACAUUUGUGGAUUUUUACGCAACUUCAUUCGUUGCUUUUGUCCCCGCCAUCUUCGAGCUAAUGGCUAUUUUUUAUAUUUAUGGUCACAAAAACUUUCUAGCUGAUGUCGAAUUCAUGUUGAAACGUAAACUUUCUAUGUUUUGGCUUAUUUGCUGGAAAUUUGUUACUCCAAUUCUUAUUGGAAUAAUUUUUUCGUAUAGUAUAAUCAAUCAUAAAUUAUUAACUUAUAAUAAUGUUUACUAUCCACACUUUGUUUAUAUUAUUGGAUGGAUUUUAUUUAGCUUUGCCCUGCUGCAAAUUCCAUUAUGGAUGACCAUCGCUUUUUUUAAAAAUAGAAGUUAUACUUAUCCUGAUAUCUUUAAACGGGCAUUUGAACCAUGCAACAGUUGGGGCCCAAAAAAUCAAGAAAUUCGAAAAAAAUGGAUUGAAUUUCGAAACGCUACAAUAUGAUUUAUGUUAAUACAAUUUUUUUAUAAUAACUUUCUAUAUACA